AUGGUCCAGGAGGACCAAGCAUUGAGGCUGAUAUCCGAGCUGGAGGAGAAUAGACUGGGUAAGUUCCAGGAAGAGAUCCAGAAUCUUGAGUGCCAGCUUCAAAGCCUUGAGGUUACGCAGGACCCAACUGAUGCGAUUAGGCAGUUUAUCAAGACAGGUGCCCGUAGGGAUGCACUGCAGGCUGUUUUCUCUCAACCUUACCUUCAAGGGGCAUCGGACCGUCUGAAGGCUUGGAUAGCGGAGGGGCUGGAGGGAUUGGACGAUGCAGCAGGACGCCAAAUGAUGAAGGCUCUUCCACUGAAGAGGAGUGCGAGGCGAGGACUGCUACGGUCCUACCGGUGGGCAAUCCAUCUUGGCUCACAUCCCACCCGUGCCAGUGAUCCAAUAUCUCUCUGGAGUGAUUCAAAGGGGAUGCAGUUGUUGCAGGUUGAUAUUCAGGCGAAGGGUGGAAAGGGAUGGGACAUGACUAGGCGCAAUAGCGUCUGGAGAGUGCUCCUUUGGGCUGCGGCCACCGGGCGGAUAGCCCUUAUCCUGUCCUCACCGCCUAGACCCUCAUCCGAGGGCAAGCAGAUGAUGCAGUACCAAGACAUGUUCUUGUGGUCGGUUGCCUCAAUUGCAAGGAACUCUGGGAUUCCCUAUGUAUGCGAGCCGCCUGUACCUGAGGGGUCUCUCGGGGGCGGCUACGUGCGUUGGACCCCUUUGAUGACCAAUUUGGAUAUGGCUUUGAUGGGUGAGCCGGUUGGCGUGACAACUGAUCAACUCCGAGAGCUUGAUGAGGAGGAGCGCUUAAACCGCAUGUUUGAGCAGGAAAGUGUGGUUUCAUCUUCCGAUGAAUCCCCCGUCCUAGACGAGGUUGAUCAGGACAAGCUACCUGGGAAUCAACCAGGGGAGGAGGAGAUUGAGUUGGGUGAUUAUGAGCCCUCAUUUCCCGGUGAGGAAGAUGAUUUUCUAAGUCGGUUUGAUAUUUCCGUUGAGGAGCCUCGCCUGGAUGAUGGUCGACCCUAUCGAACAGGGGCCGACGCAGAGGCACCCAACAUUGAGGUUGUUCAGGCUGAGGCGCUAGGAGGCUUAGAGGUGAAACCAGCUCCGAUAUGGGAGGAUGAAGCGAUCCCUCAAACCAAGGAGGAACUUGAGAAGUAUCUGGAGGAGAUUGCGACCCCACCUGAUCAGGUUGUGCUGCGGUACUUCAUUGCACUAAAGUCAAAGAGUGGUUCUGAUGUCACAACUGGCAUUCAGCAGAUGAUAAUGGAGAUAAAUAAAAUGUUUCCUGUGUGUGUGCUCCACUCGGACCCGGGUACCGAGUUUACCUCGGAUGCUCUUAAGAAGUGGCUAGCCCAGAAGUUCAUCCGACAGCAGCACCCGAGUUGCCAGAGGCACUACCACUUCCACCACCUAGAGAUCCACCUCCCGAAGCAAUACCGGUUGAGGGCGGCUUCCCCUCAACCAGAGGAUCCUGAGUCCGUAUCACGGGAGGCAUUGUUGGAUGAUGAUUUCUCCGAUGAGUCCUUUCGUAGGCUGAUGCGAGUCCUGCAGGUACCAGGCCAUGACCCAUCGCCAGAUCCGAAACCUCUGGAGGUUGAGGUGAUGAACAACCGUGUUAUUGAGUUUGAUGCAAGACUUCCCCAUGCGGUGAAGCGCCAGCCGGAUUGGUUUGUAGUUGGUUUUACUCCUCUGGGAACCAGUAAGCUGCAAAAAGAAUGCCAUGAUGAGUUGCGCCGCCUAGGUCUAGGUUUCAGGUACACUGUUACCAACCAGACGGAUCCUGCAGUAAGGGCUGUGAGGCCCGAUUGUGACCAAGAACAGGGUGCCGAUAUGGAAGGAUCGCCCCAGGAGGACGCGCCAGCAACUCCUUGUGAUUUGAAUCAGGAUAUCCAACAGGACUCCUUUACCCCGAUCAUAGGCUGGGAUUUCUCCGGUGGAAACCCAGGGGAUUUUCCAGUUGCGAAUCUAGAAGAGACGGAUUUGCAUCAGUUCUUGGUUGAGCGUGGAGUACCAUGGCUUUACCGUAGGCUUCGGUUUAUGGGUGUUGAAGAGGCCGUGGAUCUUCAAUUUCUCUUUGAGGAGGAUUUGCUCGAGUUUGGGAUACCCCAGAGUGAA